AUGCGUAGCUUCUACGAUCUAUUAGCCGUUGCCCCGGACGCUAGCCAAGAAGCUGUGAAAAAGGCUUAUUUCUCCUAUUUGCGACGCGUUCAUCCAGAUAAGGGAGAAGCGGACGCGGAUCCGGAAGGAAUCUCGAUUGGGACAACGAUUUGGAAUACAUUAAAGGAUCCGAUCAAACGCAAAACAUACGACCUCUGGCUAAAGGAGCAAGAGCUGCGCGCGAAUAAGGGAACCAUUGUCGAAGCGAUCGAAAUUGACGUCGACCAGGAAGAGCUUGAGGAAUAUUGUCGGUGCGGGGAUAAAUACCUUAUCACCCCGGCGGAGAUUUCUCAAAUUGUCGAUCGUGGCGUUUUCGAGUGCGCCAGCUGUAGCCUUUGCCUUGAGAUGUUCACUUCGCCCGACAUGGAGGACACCCGUCCAAAGCGUGCAACUGCCAAAAUCGUGGUGCUGGGCGAUAGUGGUGUCGGGAAAAGUGCGCUAUGUGCCACGAUCGCUGGGAGGCCGGACGAGCAUCAGCCUAGCACCGUUGGCUGCAAGAUUUCGUUGGCUCGACAUAACUAUCGUGGAGGUUCCGUCGACACUCGCCGAGAGGUUGUAUCGCUGUGGGAUAUUGGAGGGCAGGUGGCCCAUCGAACAGCCUCAUCCGUUUUCCUUGAAGGGGCUCACGGUGCGAUUCUGGUGCAUGACCUGGCAAACAGUAAAAGCGAAGACAAUCUGUGGCAAUGGAUGGCGCUGCUCGACCCGGAGACGGCGAAACGGACCCCGCAAUGCGCACGACCGCUGAUGGCCUUUAUUGAGAGCGCUCACAUUCCGAUUCUGAUCAUCGGCACCAAGGUUGAUCUGGCCAACAAUCGAAAUGCCAUCAAAUUGGACAGGAGUCCGUACGAGCGUAUCAACGUGGACUGUCGACGCCUGAUCGCUCCUGGGUCGACCAAUAGCAUCAUAUUGUCGAGAUUCCUCGAUUCGGCGAUCGACCGUGUCCACGCGCCCAACAUCAACGAGGCCAAGCGCCGCGUCAUCUGGCCCUCA